GAAAUAGGGUCUAAAUUAGCAUCGGGUAAUUAAAAUGAAUAAUUAGCUAUUAACUGGAGAGUCGAAGCGUGACGAAAUAGCCGGAAGGGGCGGACGACGAAAGCGUGGAGGCGGACCCCCUCCUUCCCCUGCUGAUUCGCUGGCACCGAUUCGCCUCGCCCUGAGGCCACCCGGGGAGAGGCGGGGGUUAAAUAAAUACAUAAAUAAAUAAACAAGGAAAAAAAGCUUGUUGUUCGAGCUCGAAUGCGGAUUUAUUUCUAUUUUAUUUCUUUUAUUAUACUUUUUAACGCCGUGUCGAAAGUGCCGCACAUCGGGAAGGACCGUGUGUACUUGCCCCGGGGCACCGGGCACGGCAUGGAUUGAGCGAGCGCCCGCCGCCUCCCCACGCCCCACAGCACUCCAGCAGGGUAAAUGAGUCAGAAUGGACCAGGAGGGCGGGGGUGACUUCCCGAGAGCCCCCAAUGUCCCAUGGCGCAGCUACAAGCUGCUGGUGGACCCCGCGCUGCGCCGUGCCCCCCAGAAGAUCUACCGUUAUGAUGGCGUCCACUUCAGCGCCCCCGAUGCGCGGUAUGCCCCCGUGGAUGAGGUGCGGGACCCCCGGCACCGCCGCAUCUGGGCUAAGCACCGUGACCUCUCACUGCCCGUGCCCAAGUUCAAGCUGGACGAGUUCUACGUGGGGCAGAUCCCACUGAAAGAGGUGACCUUCGCCCGCCUCAACGACAACAUCAAGGAGCCCUUCCUGGCUGAGAUGUGCCGCAAGUACGGUGAGGUGGAGGAGAUCGAGAUCCUCUACCACCCCAAGACCCGCAAACACCUGGGCCUGGCCAAGGUGCUCUUUGCUAGCACGCGCGGUGCCAAGGACACCGUCAAGAACCUGCACAACACCUCUGUCAUGGGCAACCUCAUCCAUGCCCAGCUCGACAUCAAAGGCCAACAGCGCAUGAAGUACUACGAGCUGAUCGUGAACGGGGCCUACACCCCACAGACUGUGCCCACGGGCGGCAAGGCCCUCAGCGAGAAGUUUCUGGGCUCUGGCACCCCGGCUGACACGCCAGAGUCCCGGAGGCGCCAGUCCACGGACAACUCGUACCCUGGCAACGCCCUGGCGUCGACACCCGGCAAUGGCACCCCCUGCUCCCAGGACACCCCAUACUCCAGUGGGCGCCAGGAUACACCCUCAUCCUACGGCCAGUACACACCGCAGUCGUCCCAGGGGACCCCCUACACACCUCGCGGGGGCACACCAUACUCCCAGGACUCGGCCUACUCCAGCAGGCAAGGCACCCCCGGCUACUCUAGCUACCACCAAGAGGCGACCACCUACAAGCCACGCCGCCACGACAACAGCUACUCGGACUCCUACUCCCGGCGCCACUACUCCUCGUCUUCCUCCUCCUCCACUCCCUCGUCCUCCUCCUCCUCCUCCUCCUCCUCCUCCUCCUCACAGUACCGUGCUGGCAGUGAGGCCUACCUGGCCUACGGGGCAGGCACUGGGCGGUACCAGCCCCACCGCACCCACGCCCGCCCCCCGCGGGAAGACCCAGUGCCGCCACCACCACCACCACCCCCGCCGCCUCCAUCAUCCUCAUCCUCCUCUUCUUCCUCCUCGUCCUCGUCUUCCUCCACCGCAUCCUAUCCCAACAGCCACUACUACCCUGCCUACAGCGCCCCGCUGCCCCCUGAGCCACACCCAGGUGACCAGGACUACCGCUUGCUGGCGGCAGCAGCGGAGAGCUAUGUGGCACCACCCGAGGGCACUGAGGAGCCUCCGCCGCCCCCGCCCCCACCACCACCACCCCCACCAGGGGCUGAGGAGCCUCCUGCUGCCUCACCUGCCCGCCCAGGCUCGCCAGCGCCUGAGGCCACACCAGAAAGUGUGCCCUUCGCCCAGCACAGCAGCCUGGACUCACGCAUUGAGGCACUGCUCAAGGAGCAGCGCUCCAAGUUCUCCUUCUUGGCCUGCGAUGCUGAGGAUGAGGAGGGGUCAGCGGCAGUGGCAGUGGGCACGGUGGGGACAGCGGUGGCGGCAGCAGGAAGCGCCCUGCCCAGCACAGCGGUGGCACCUGAGCCUCAUGGGCCCUGCACACCACCCCCUCCUCCCCCUGGCAGCUUCGAAGACGUGGCGCCUGAUGGGCCCGGAGACUCGCCCAAGGCCAACGGGCAAGAUGGGGCCUCACCGCGCUCAUCAGGCGAGGACAUGGAGAUCUCGGAAGAUGAGGCAGAGGACACGGCACCUGCCCCCCUGGACCCGCCGUUCCCUGGCCUGGCGCAUGUGCCCCUGGGCAUUCCGGCCUUCGGUGCCCCCCGGCCCCCAGAGCCACCCCCGCCACCGCCCACUUACCCCCUGCAACCCCUCAUGUCCGUGUCCCUGCCCCAUUUAGCAGGCACCGACGCUGACUAUGGAGUGGCGGACUACACGGGUAGCUAUGACUACGCCAACUCCCUGGAGCUGAUGAGCCGGCUGGGGGCACAAUGGGGCGGUGUGCCCAUGUCCUUCCAGAUGCAGACUCAUGUACUGAGCCGCCUGCGCCAGCUACGCCAGGCCAAGACGCCCUACGAGGCAGAGGCAGCCCCUGCGCCUGUCUGGCCCAGUGCCUGGGACACCACCUGCUAUGCCCCAGCCUACAGCGGCACUGGGCGGCACUACAGCUUCGCGGCAGCUGAGCUGGGUGAUGAGUGCCCACCGGGCACAGAACCCACACCGCCACCCGCACCGCCCGCCUGGGGGGCUGCCCCCCGCGCCCCCCAUGCCGCCACGGUGGAGAGCGUGCUGGCUGCCCUCAUCCAGGAGAUGAAGAGCACCAUGCAGCGCGACCUCAACCGCAAGAUGGUAGAGAAUGUGGCCUUCAGCACCUUCGACAAGUGGUGGGAACGCAAGGAGCAGAAAGCCAAGCCCUUCCAGACAGCGGCCAAGCAGGCAGCCAAGGAGGAGGAGAAGGAGAAGGCCAAGCUGCGUGAGCCGGGGCUGCUGUCCCUCGUCGACUGGGCCAAGAGUGGCGGUACCGUAGGCAUCGAGGCCUUUGGGUUUGGGGCUGGCCUGCGUGGCGCCCUGCGCCUGCCCUCCUUUAAGGUGAAGAGGAAAGAGCCCUCAGAGAUCUCGGAGAACAGCGAAGAGAAACGCCCGCGGCCCUCCACGCCGGCCGAGGACGACGACGAUGACAAGGAAGGCCCGGGGGGUGCCAAGGCCCCGAAGCGGGAUGAGGAGUGGGUGAAGGGCCCCGGGAAGCGCCGCAAGCUCUUCUGCCUGGACAGCGAGGGUGAGGAGGCCUCCGAGGACUCGUCCUCCGAGAAGGAGGAGGAGGAUGACGAGGCAGAAGAGGAGGAGGAGGCACAAGCCGAGGAGGAAGAUGCCGGGCGCAGUGACAAGGAGUCAUCGGAUGAUGAGGCGGCUAGCGAGGACUCCUCCAAAUACUCGCUGUAUGAGGAGUCGGACGAGGACAGCGCCAGCACCUCGGACUCGGACACCAGCUCCUCGUCCUCCUCCUCCUCGUCCUCGUCCUCCUCCUCCUGCGCUGGGGAUGAGAGCCCCAGGGACAUGGGCAACAAGGCUGCACCAGCCCCUCAACCCCCUGCACUGGCCCCCAAGCUGCUGCCACCGCCACCACCACCACCUCCCAAGGACCACCCGCCUGAGGCCGGGCCAGGCACGAAGGAGGAGCCGCCGGGUGCCGCUCCAGCCCCGGCCCUCAAAGAGCCGCCUCCCGAGCUACCACCUGGGCCCCGCCCCUCUUCGCCCAUCGCCCUCCUGCCACCGCCCAAGAAGCGCCGGAAAACGGUCUCGUGCAGUGAGGAGGCAGAGGCCCCGCCCCCACCCCCAUUGUCAUUGUCACCUCCGCGGCUGCCUGCCUUCCCGGCCCCGCCCCAAGUGCCCUUAGCCCCACCCCCUGCCCGGCCGCCAGCCCCACCCCGGCGCCGCGAGCUGGCCCCACCGCCCCAGACCAUCACCAACCUGCCAGCUGACCAUGCCUCAUUGGUGAAAGGUGGAGUGGAGGCGGGGCUCCGGCGGCGCCCCCCAGCUCUGCCACCGCCUCAGCCCCGCCCCCCAGAGGACAGGCUCCGUCUCCGCGAGCGCCUGGGUGCCACCUCCCUGCUGGAGCUGGCUAAUCAGGGCGAAGGAGGCGGGGACCUGGCGGUGCUGGCCAAUCUGGCCCUCACCUUGCCCGCCAGCUCGGACACGGACACCUCAGACGAGGCAGAGGAGCAGGCCCCGCCCCCUGGUGCUUGGCCUCGCCCUCCAGCCCCACCCCACAGCAUCCUGCUUGAGCACAACUACGCCUUGGCCCUGCGGGCCCCGCCCCCGCCCAAGCGGGCCCCGCCCCUGCUUGAGGCCCCAACCCCUGGCGACCUGCUGCCACCCGAGCUCUGUGGCGGCCAUGAGAUCCUCGAAGCACCCGAGGAGGUGGUGGGUGAAGCAGCAGUGGCCAUCUUGGAUGAGGGCGCCAGCUCAGACAGUGAUGAGGAGGACGAGGAUGAGGACAGUGGCAGCAGCAGCGGCGGGAGCAGCAGCAGCAGCGAGGAGGAUGCAGGGGCAACGCGGCGCCGCACCCUACGCUCCCACGCCCUGCCCCUGGCUCCACCCCCUCCUGUGGCCCCGCCCACCUUUGAGCCCCGCAGUGAGUUUGAGCAGAUGACCAUCCUGUAUGACAUCUGGAACGCUGGGCUGGACCUGGAGGAUGCCCAGUACCUGCGACGCACCUACGAGCAGCUGCUGCAGGCCGAUCGCGCCACUGACUGGCUCAAUGACACCCACUGGGUGCCCCAUACCAUUACCAACACAGUGGUGCCCAAGCGGAAGCGGCGCUGGCCCGAGGUGCGGGAGCACCAGACGGGCUGUGCCCGCAGCGAGGGCUACUACCCAAUCAGCAAGAAGGAGAAGGACCGGUACCUGGACCUGUGCCCCGCCACUGCCCGCGAGCCCGAUGCCCCUGACACCCAGGGCACCAACCGCAUCCUUUCGGAGCGGCGCUCAGAGCAGCGGCGCCUGCUCAGUGCCAUCGGCUCUGCAGCCCUGCUGGAUAGUGACCUGCUGAAGCUCAACCAGCUCAAGUUCCGCAAGAAGAGGCUGCGGUUUGGGCGCAGCCGCAUCCACGAGUGGGGGCUGUUCGCCAUGGAGCCCAUCGCCGCCGACGAGAUGGUCAUCGAGUAUGUGGGGCAGAACAUCCGGCAGGUGGUGGCCGACAUGCGGGAGAAGCGUUACGCACAGCAGGGCAUUGGCAGCAGCUACCUCUUCCGCGUCGACCAUGACACCAUCAUUGACGCCACCAAGUGCGGCAACCUGGCGCGCUUCAUCAACCACUGCUGCACACCCAAUUGCUACGCCAAGGUGAUCACUAUUGAGGCGCAGAAGAAGAUCGUGAUCUACUCGAAGCAGCCAAUCGGGGUGAACGAGGAGAUCACCUAUGACUACAAGUUCCCCAUUGAGGACAACAAGAUCCCCUGCCUGUGCGGCAUGGAGAACUGUCGCGGCACCCUCAACUGAGCCCAACCCCCUAUUUAUUUGCCCUGCCCCCCUCCCAGGCAAAGCCUGCCUCAGAUUCCCCUCCUCCACCAAGUGGCCCCAGGAUGCUUUGAGGUUGGUCAGGUGGAGUAGCUUCCUUGUUCGAAGGAAAUCUCUCCCGUUGUCCCCCUGGGCUGCCUCGGUUUCCCCUCUCCAACCAAAUUCCCCAGAGUCCUUUCAGGUGGGGGGAGCUUCCUCACCCAUUCUCACCCUGGGCUGCUCAGUUUCCCCCUCUUCCACUAAAUUACCCAGCAGGCUUUGAGGUCGGGGUUUCCUCAUUCAGAGGAGAUCUCCUGUUCUCACUCUGGGUUGCCUCAGUUUCCCUGUUCCACCGAAUACCCCAGAAUUCUUUGAGGCGGGGGGCACUCUAUGGUGCCCUACCUCAGUUUCCCUCCCUCACCCCAGUGACCCAGAAUGCUUUGGGGGGGUGGGGGGGCUGAAAUUCAUGCUUGGAGGGGGUAGGAGAGGCCUUGUGUAGAAGAGAGGGCAGCAAAGCAUUCUGGGAAACACCUAAUUAAUAUGUGCCCCUCCCCUCCUCAAACGCUGCCCCUCCCAGCCUGGCCCCACCCCUCAUUAGCAUUAAUACCCUCCCAAGCCCACCUCUGUUGUGUGGCCCCCCAUUAACGAGCCCUCUUCAAACAAUCAGCCCACACCCAAUGGGAUCCCUUUGCCCUGUCCCUUAUUGAAAAACAUGCAAAUGAGUAAAAGGGGGCGGGGUUUUGUUGGCAGCCGAGAUGCCGCUGAAUUAAUUUUUCUUUAGGAGAAGAAAGUUGUGAAUAUUUCCA